AUGGGGAUCGUUAACAGUUUGAUUUUUCCGAAAUUUCCUGAAGAAUGUUCGAAAACUAAUUCACGCGGUAAAGAAUCAUUUGGACCACCAGGAGCGAAAAAGACGGUUUCAAAUUCUGUCACCACAGACAGCUCAGAAAUCAAAUACUUAGAAAAAACUGGUCCGCCAACAGUUUUGGGGCCGACUCCUGGUAAUGUGCCAGUCAAAAAUCCGCUGUCAAAUUAUCCCACUAUAAAACCACCAAAGGAUACUAAUGAAAAAGUGGCAAGUGAUCUAUCGGAAUACGAUACACUGGCAAUGGCACCUGACGUAUUUGGAGAAAAGAAAUCGAAGAAAUAA